GAGAGAGAGAGAGAGAGAGAGAAAGAGAGAGAGAGAGGCCUCCAUUAUUGUUUGCUCUUAUACUCUUCUCUUCAUUCUUCAACCGAAAUCAUGAGCAAUGAAGAAUUAGCCUACGAUUUCUCUCCAAUGCUUAAAGUAUACAAAGAUGGUCGAGUUGAAAGACUUAUAGGCACAGACAUAGCUCCUCCAUCAACAGAUCCCAAAACUGGCGUCCAAUCAAAAGACGUUGUGAUCUCACAAGAACCAGCCAUAUCUGCAAGGCUUUACAUCCCAAAAUCCACCACCACAAGCUCACCCCAAACCAAACUCCCUCUUCUCGUUUACUUCCAUGGAGGCGCCUUCUGCAUUGAAAGUUCAUCUUCUCCCACAUAUCACAACUACCUCAACGCCUUAGUCUCCGAGGCCAAUGUUGUUGCAGUCUCUGUUGACUAUAGGCUUGCCCCAGAGCACCCUCUGCCGGCUGCUUACGAAGAUUCAUGGGCUGCUCUCAAAUGGGUUGCUUCCCAUUCUGAUGGAAACGGCUCUUCAGAUUGGCUAAACAGUUUUGCAGAUUUCCAGCGUGUGUUUUUCGCUGGGGACAGUGCAGGGGGUAAUUUAGCACACAACAUGGCUUUGAAAGUGGGGUGUGAGGGAUUGGCUGGUGGUGUUAAUCUGAUUGGGAUUGUGUUGGUGCAUCCUUACUUUUGGGGCACAGAGCCAGUUGGGGGGGAAGAGUCAACUGCCCCUGCAGCUGGAAGAGAGUUCAUUUCUGCUUUGUGGCGUUUUACUUACCCUUCGACUAGUGGAUCCGAUGACCCGUUUUUCAAUCCAGGUAAGGAUUCGAAGUUGGGGGAAUUGGGUUGUGUGAAAGUGCUGGUUUUUGUUGCUGAGAAAGAUAUCUUGAAAGAUAGAGGAGUGUAUUACAGUGAGAUACUGAGAAAGAGUGGGUGGAAAGGAGUUGUGGAGCUCAUAGAAGCAACGGGGGAGGGCCAUGUGUUCCAUUUGGAAGAUCCAACUUGUGACAAUGCUGUGGCCCUGGAGAAAAAGACUGUUGCUUUCUUGAAUUAGAAUAAUUUGCCUGAGACUUUGGUGUGCUUAGUAGUAUGACCAUAGCCUCUAAGCCAUGUUAGUGGUUGUACUUCUUUGUUGGGUUCUUCUUUUGUUCAUCUGUUUUAUGCCUUGGAUUAUGCUUUAUGUAUGGUUUUUGCUUAAAUAAAUAAAACAUCUGAUGUGAAAUA